GAGCAGGUUGACUGAAAGCGGUCAGAUCGGAAUGGCAUCUUCCAUGAGUGGGAUGUUCUCCGGUCAGCAACCGCCCGGUGCGCAUCCUGUCGGGGGUCCCGGUGGACCGGGCCAGCCGGGUUUCCCCGGUACCGUUACCAGACCUCCGGGAAACAACACGCUGGUGGACGAACUGGAGGCUUCCUUCGAGGCAUGUUUUGCAUCUCUGGUAAGCCAAGACUAUGUUAAUGGAACUGACCAGGAGGAGAUUCGAACUGGUGUUGACCAGUGCAUACAGAAGUUUCUGGAUGUGGCUCGACAGACAGAGUGCUUCUUCCUACAGAAAAGGCUUCAGUUGUCUGUGCAGAAACCAGAGCAGGUGGUGAAAGAGGAUGUGUCAGAGUUACGUAAUGAGCUACAGAGGAAAGAAUUGCUUGUUCAGAAACACUUGACCAAACUGCACCACUGGCAACAAGUGCUUGAGGAUGUGAGCGUUCAGCACAGAAAACCCUCAGACCUCCCUCCUCCUGGACCGCUCGCCUUUCUGGAGCAGGCCUCUGCGAGUCUGCCCCCUGCCCCUUUAAAACCAAACUAACACAGCAAAGGUACGGUCACAUUAGUCUUAUGUUAAAUAAAACUGCUCCGUUGUCAGAAUGUGAUCUUAUAGUUCUGAUGUGGGUAACAGAGGGAUGUGUGAGACACAUGUCUAAUUUGAAGUGGACAAGUAUUUGCAGGACAGUAGAGUAAUGUGACCGUACCUUAACUCUAAAGAAGAACGAACACCUCAUACAUUGCGUGAUUCCCACAGUCAGGUAUGGACCUGUGGGAAAAUCAUGACAUAGUUUUAUUUCCUUUUUUUCAGUAUUUUGUUUGAUGUAAAUAUUUCUGUUGCUGACUUUUUUACUGUUAAAAUAAAAUGAAAUUUGUUUGUAUUUUGAAA